UUCUGCUCGGUGCACUCGAAGCUGUUGCUGUCGCCAUUUCCCUCUCUUAUCUCCGGGGGGGAAGAGGAGGUGAGCUGGGGGAUUUUGUUGGUUAGCUAGCGGCCGCUCCGAACCCUAGCUCGCUCCGGCCGCCGGCGGGGCGAUGGCGGCGGCGUUCCGGUCGGGGACGAGGCGGGGGGACGCCUUCGCGGCCCUGGAGGACGCCGGCUCCGCCACGCGCGGGCGGCCAGCUGCGGGCGGCGGCGGCGGGGGGAACAGAAUCCGGCGGUCGAGGAGCCUGAGCCGGUUCCCGCCGCCGCCGUCGCCGACGCCCGAGGACGCCGCGACGCCGUCCUCGCGGUUCGUCAACAAGGUCAGGGGCGGGCUGCCCCCGGAGAUCAGCCUCGACGACCUCGCCGACGAGUUCUUCCGGGCCAGGGCGGAGUCCGAGGACGACGACGAGGAGGAGGACGCGGCGGUCGCGCGCGGCCGGCCGAGGUACCCGGCGCCCGCCGAGAAGGGCGGCGGCAUCGGCGGCGGCAGGCGGAGCUCCACCGCGCGGUACGCCAGGGACACGGAGUCGUCGCGGCAGCGCGAGCGCUCCGUGUCGCGGCCGCCGGCCGAGCGGCGAGGCGUAGCGGCCAAUGGGGUGCGUGUCGGCACCGCAGCGAGGCAGCGCUAUGCGUCGGUGGACCGGCGGGCUUCGAUGGAUCGGCAUCGGUGGUGCGAUUCGGAUAAUGAUAUGGAAGUUUCUCACCGGUAUGUUUCUAGGGGGAUACAUACCAAAAGUAGUAGCGGCAAUAGCCUGCAGAAUUCAUUCAAUAAACCAUCUAAAGCAAAUCAUGCUUUGAAGAGGUCUACAAGUCAAAAGGAUUUCUUUCAUUCACGAGAUAGCAGCUCAAGCCAUUCUUCACUUACUGAUGAUGAGUCUAGGAACUCUCAUUCUUUCUAUAUCAGGAAUCAGAAGGCAGCCUGUGCAGUUUAUGGUCUUGACAAGGAGCACCAAAUUGGUGAUGAGGCUGGAAAUGUAUUGUAUGAUGUUAUGCGGAAAGAACUUAGGCAAGCUGUUGAAGAAAUCAGGACUCAGCUUGAAAAGACUGUGACAAAAUCUGAACCUUCAGAAAAGGUUUUAAGCAGUGAUGGACAACCAACACAAGUUAUUACUGAGCUCCGAAGGAGCUAUACUAAUAAAUUGGAAGAGUCAGAAAAGCGGAAGCAGGAAUUGUUAGCUCAAUUGGCUGCAGAAGAACAACAUGGUCAUGAGCUCACAAAAAUAGUUAGAGAACUGCUACCUACUCCUAAGAAGACUGCAAAUCUACAAAGGCAGCCGCGGCACAGAAGAAGGAGCAAUGAUAGAUCAAAGAUGUCAAAACGACUUACUGAAGAGGCUGAGCAAUACUUUGAAGAUUUCCUGUCAAACGUUGAAGACACUGACUUUUCAUCUUUUGAUGGAGAAAGAAGUGACACAAGUUCAACCAAGAAGGAUGUGUUACAUCAUGCUAUGAUAGAAACUCCAGUGGCUCUCCCAAAAGUAGGUUCACCUGCUGAGGCAGAUGGCGUUGCCCUUCCCUGGCUGCAAUGGGAAACUACCAACGAUCUUCAAACCUCUCCAUACAAAACCAAGGCUCAGGGAGAAAGUACAGCGUGCAGCACCAGCAGCCAGACUGUGAGCAGCCGUGGGAGCUGGAGCCCUGGAGACUACGCCACCUCAACUACCUCCAAAGACAAAGUAAUGGCCGGGUUUGAGGGGGUUGGGGUUCGUCAAAGCAGCUGCCCUCAUCUCGCUGGAACCUCGUCAUUUCACAUCGACGACUAUCUUCACCUGCGGCAGAGCGAGGACCUCCUCUUCGAGAAGUGGAGGCAGAAGCAAAGAAUCGAGUCUGGCGGCCUGUUCCUGUGCAGUAGACCGACGAUACUGUAGACUAUGGCCAAUUAUUUCUCGGCCUGGUCCCCUGGCAGGAUGAGCGCAGUGUGUCGAAUUAGGUAGCUGGUGAGGGGGUAGAGUUAGGUCAAUAAAUGUGUAGAUUUACAUUUGGUUACUAUUUUAGUUCAUACUCUCUCAGUUUUGUGAAUCAGCAGUGGUUUAACCAGGACUGGAUAGUGUUACCUCUGGACUCUGUAAAUUUUUCCGUUGCUCCAUCGCUAUAAAAGUGAAAGUUUUUUUUA